CUUUUCACUUGGUUAUAGUCUCACCAAGGAUUUUAGUCAUCAGAGUUACACUGAGAACUAUUUGCCCUACAGUCCUUUCUUAGCUGAUCAUUGCUAACAUCGAUGCUGUCAGCCUCUGCAUCCAUUAACAACAGUCAUCUUUGAGAUGGAGUCGUGAAUAAGUUAGUCAGAACUUAAUCAAGUUGGUGACUUUGUGACAAUGCAGAGAAAUCAUGUCAGAAAACAUGGUUUAUACUGGGGCUGUCAACGCUGUAAAGGACGUUUGGGAAAAGAGGAUAAAGAAACACAAUGAAGACCUGAAAAGAGAAAGAGAAUUCCAACAAAAGCUAGUACGAAUCUGGGAAGAACGAGUAAACUUAACCAAGCUAAAAGAAAAAGUCACCAGGAAAGAUGGAAGAGUCGUUUUAAAGAUAGAAAAAGAAGAAUGGAAGACCCUUCCUUCUUCUCUACUGAAACUGAACCAACUACAGGAAUGGCAACUUCAUAGAACUGGCUUGUUGAAAAUACCUGAGUUCAUUGGAAGGUUCCAGAAUCUCAUUGUGUUAGACUUAUCUCGAAACUCAAUUUCAGAAAUACCUCGAGGAAUUGGUUUGCUUAGUAGACUUCAGGAACUGAUCCUUAGUUACAACAAAAUCAAGACUAUCCCCAAGGAACUGAGUAACUGUGUCAGCUUGGAAAAACUAGAACUUGCUGUGAAUAGAGAUAUAUGUGAUCUUCCACAAGAGCUUAGCAAUUUGUUAAAGCUGACUCACCUUGAUUUGAGUAUGAACCACUUCACUACAAUUCCUCCUGCUGUGCUGAACAUGCCUGCCCUUGAGUGGCUUGACAUGGGAAGUAACAGACUUGAACAACUUCCUGAUACCAUUGAAAGAAUGCAAAAUCUACAUACAUUAUGGCUGCAACGGAAUGAAAUAGCAUACUUGCCAGAAACGAUCAGCAAUAUGAAAAACCUAGGUACUCUUGUUCUCAGCAACAAUAAGUUACAAGCUAUUCCAGUGUGCAUGGAAAAGAUGACCAAUCUGAGGUUUGUCAACUUCAGAGACAACCCACUGAAAUUGGAAGCAACUCUUCCUUCCAAUGAAAUCACAGAUGAAGAAGAGGAACAGGAAUUAUUUGGCCUUCAGUUCAUGCACACAUACAUACAGGAAUCACAAAGACAAGCAGAUAACCAAAUCAACUGACGACUUUGCCAACAUCUAUAAAUACUGAUGGAUAAUAUAAUUCAAGAUGGCCUGCAGAAGUGAAUUAUUUGAAAAUUUGGCAAACUGCCUGAUGUUUGUAUUUCUGAUGUAAAAAAAAAUUAGAUUCUCAUGAUUAUAAAAAUAAAAUAGGAAAUAUCCUA